UACCACGGUUUUGUCCGUAUCUGUGCAUGCAGCGCACGCGUGACAAAAGAAGUGCGUUUUUUUUUUUAACCUGUUGGCAUUCAAAAUCAAUAUCCACUCGUUUCUAGGGAAAGCGAGAGAGAGAACGACGAGAGUCGAGACGCGGAGUGUUCACUGAGCGUGCGCCCGUCGAGCGCGCGAGAACGCAACAUCGUUUUUUCUUAAAACACCAAACGCGCGCGCCAGCUGACGGCAGAAGUUGCCACCGUUCCGACACCAACUUUUCACCUCCGUAACACCUGCGAAUGGAUGUGCACUUAUGACAAGGACUUCAGAAGCUGAGCCUCGUUGGUUAAUAUAUUGUUACGCAGGGAAAAUACUGUCAGCUAAACCAACUGCAUUGUUUUUCUCCCCUCGGAUGUUUUUUGGUAGGUGAUUUGUGUCCGGUAUAUGUUCUCUCAACGGGACUAGUGGUCUCUUGGAGGUCGCGAACGAAAGGUGCGAUGAAGCUGUUCUGCUGGAGCGUUCUGCUGGGAAUGCAAUGGAUUCUGCGAAAGGUACACGGCUUGGAGAAACAGGUGGGCAAAUCUCUAGAUUACCUGGAGCCGGGAGCGUCUGGGACCGUCCUCAAGACUCUUCCAUACGGAGUUCCCAGUGGAGGAGGAACAGGUCCGACAGGUGGAUUCAAACCUCCGUACCAAACAUCCAGGAUAUUCUCCACCAUGGACCACACGCCCAUUAAACCAAAACCACCCACGUUCAGCUUCCAGAACCCGUAUGAAUGGGUCCGAAACCAGUCGAUGCUCCUCGAUCAAACAGGCUACCGACCAAAACGCAAACCGUCCCUCAAAACCUCCAUGAAGACUAAGAAGAUCUUCGGCUGGGGCGACUUUUACUUCAAUGUCAAGACCCUCAAGUUCAGUCUGCUCGUCACGGGGAAGAUCGUGGACCACGUCAACGGCACAUUCACCGUCUACUUCCGCCACAACUCCUCAAGUCUGGGAAACGUGUCCGUGAGCAUCGUUCCCCCAUCAAAGAUCGUCGAGUUUGAUGUUCUUCAGCAACAGAACCCUCUUCAUCCAGAGAUCCAGUUCCAUCAGCCGCAUCAGUCCACGAUCGACCCCAAAGACAUCAAAACCUUCAACUGUCGUGUGGAGUAUGAAAAGACGGAUCGCUCCAAGAAGCCGAAACCUUGCCUGUAUGACCCGUCCCAGACGUGUUUCACCGAGAACACCCAGUCGCACUCGUCCUGGCUCUGCGCGAAACCUUUCAAAGUCAUCUGCAUCUUCAUCUCAUUCUUCAGCAUCGAUUAUAAGCUGGUGCAAAAGGUUUGUCCGGACUACAACUUUCAGAGUGAACAUCCAUACCUUGGAUGAAGGAGUCGAGCGGACGGUUGAUGAGUGAGAUGUUGUGAAGUGUUGUGUUUGCAACCGUCAUCAUCGUUCCUCUUGAAGGAGCUAGAACAAACCAAUCUCCAUCACUGGGAACAUACUCUUGAAGUUUUCUUUGUAUAUAGAAAGAACAACCCUUAUCUGUUCGGCUCUUAAAGGAACAGUUCACCCAAAAAGGAAAAUUCUCUCAUCAUUUACUUACCCUCAUGUUGUUCCAAAUCCAUAUUGUUUUCUGUCUCUGUGAAACAAAAUGAGAUGUUAGACAGGAUGUCCGAGCUUGAACCGUCUUGUAUGGAGGGCCAAAUUACUCAAAAUUAAAUCAUUAAAUACAUAUUUAAAUAAAUCAAUUAAUAAUUUAUGAAACUGUAAAAAAACAAAAAACAACAACAACAAUCAUAAAAAUAUAGCUGCAAGCAGCAAUUAAGGGGCCAAGCACAUCAGCCAUUAUAGGCACAACAAUGGCAAAAAAAUAAGUAAUUAAAGCAAUCUUGUCAUGAUUUUAAGCAAAAUAGUUGAAAAACGAUGAAUAUUAUCAAUUGUAUUGGGACAUAAAAGCUUAUUACUUUUGACCAUUAGGUGGCACUGUCACUAAAUUGAUAUGGUGCGGUCAAGGUGCGGUCAUGAUGACACGUAUGAAGUUUCAUGUCAAUACGCCAAAGUGUUGCCGAGAUAGAGCCUGAAAACCAUUCUGGCACCAUGCCAUCAGAUUCUUUGUUGUGUUAAACGAAAACGGUUUGGUCUAUGAACACGAAAUCCAUAACUUUUUGUCGGCAUGGUCUGAAGGUAGUCUUUGGUUAAAAUCUGACAAAAGUUUCGUAACUAUAUGUCAAUGCGUUUGAAAAAUAAAGUAUUUUACAACAAAAUUCAAAAUGGGCGAUGCCCAAAAUGGCCGACAUAUGAACAUUUGGUAUCAUGUGGUUCAGCAUCCCACACAGAAUCUAACAAGACCAGAUUUGUAAUUUUAGGUGAAACCGUUCAGAAGUUAUAAGCAAAAAAUAUGCAUUUUUCAUAUCUCGUGACCACUAGGUGGCGCUGUUCCGAAACUGUGCAGGUACCCUCAGGUUAUGGUUGUCGUAACACACACCAAGUUUGGUGUGAAUACGCUGAAGCGUUGCGGAGAUAUCGCCUCACGUCCAAUUUGGCGUGCUCUACGUCGAAUUUGUUAUUAGAGAACUAGAAUUAGAGAACCGUUUGACUAAUCAACUUGAAUUCCAUACAUUUUUAUCAGCCUGGUCUGAAGAUGAUCUGCUUAAAUUUUCGUGCAAAUCAGACAGACGGUCUAGGAGGAGUUCGAAAAGGUAUGUUUUUUUGAAAAAUUCAAAAUGGCGGAAAUAUUUUCAAGACGGAAAAUGACGACAUAGGGUGCACUCGAUUCGUCUCACAACAUUCCCGCAUACGGUUCUAUAGGCUGCCAUAGACUCAAUGGCGGAAGAAGAAGAAGAAGAAAACUAAUGAUUACAAUAGGCAAUUACAAUUACUUUCAGCGCUUGGCCCCUAAUUAUUACAUUAUUCAUUAAAUCACUACAUAAAUCAAUAAAUGUUCAUUGUAUUUCAUCCACUUUUAUUUCAGAAGACGCAAAGCUCAUGCAUAAUAAAAAAUAAACAAAGAUAUGGCUCAAAUGAAAUAGAAGGGACACUGAUUUAUUUAGUUAAUGAUUUGAUGAUAAAUGUAAUAAUUGCAUAUUUUUCUGUAUUUAAUGAUUUAUUGAAAUACUUAAAUGGUGAUUUUGUCCCUCCAUUGUCUUGAACAGUCACUAUAAACUUGCGUGAAGAUUCUCCAUUUGUUUAUACAGCAUACAGUAUUUGUUUGAAACGAUGAAAGAAUUUACAUAUUCAUUUAAAAUUGAUUUAUUGCUUUUGUCAAUUUUUGUCUGUUUGACUGUUAGACAAACAGGAUGCGUGUCGUUUUUCUACCAGUCCUCUAAAUGACCCUCUGUAUUUCACAAUGAGGAUCAUAUUAUAUCAGAUAUAGAUUAUGGAACUGUUUAUAACAGCAUUAAAUGAAUUGCAGAGAUUUUAUUCUAUAUUAAAUGCACUGAAAAUAAUGUCAGACGUUUGAUGCAUAGAAAAAACCAGCUCACCUUUUCUUGGUUCUUGCUAUUUACUUUUCUACCACUUUAGAAAUAUUUCACAGGUAUCCAGUAUUUUAUUCCAUGUGUGGCAAACCUUUCCAGAAUUAUAGCCAGGGUUUAUUUGUUUUCUCAAACAUGGCCCAUUGGUUUAAUGUUGUUUAAUCCAUCAGUAAAUCCAGAUGUGUCCAAAAUAUUUAAGACAACAUGAUGUUACAGGCAUUUGUAUGUACUGAACAUAAAAUCUUGGUAUAAUUUUGAAUGACAAACCCAAAGUUAUUUUGAUGUAAAAUGACAUCAGCAAAAUCUUUAAGAUUGUGUUUUUCAGUGACUCCAGCCAGGUCUCCUAAGCAACCAAAUUGGCCCGGUUGUUAGGGAGGGUAGAGUCACAUGGGAUAACCUCCUCGUGGUC